UACGAUGUUGUACCUGAAUGUAGGAGAUCGCAGCUCUUAAACCCCAAAGUAUCAUCUUUCAAAAUGGGGGAAACUCCUUAAACCCUCCGUACUCUACUCUAAAACUCCACUGUUCCUUCCCUUCCCUUCCUCCAUUUGAACCACCCCUUGUUCGUUUGAUGUCUGCCGUCGCAGCCAGAGCUAAUCCUCUUCUCAAGUCUUUCCCUCCCUUCCUAACAUGGCCCCACCUCCGCUUCCGCACCAUCUGCAGCGGCCGCCUCGGCUUCGCCCACUCCGAUCCCGACCACCCAGUCGCCGGAACCAAGCUCCUCGAAUCCUUCAAGGAGGAAUUCGAGGUUGGCACCAACCUGAUAACCCUCGAAACCGGCAAAAUCGCCAGAUUUGCUAAUGGCGCCGUCGUUUUAGGCACAGGAGAAACCAAAGUUCUUUCCACCGUCGCCGCCUCCAAAGGCGACGCCCUCCGCGACUUCCUGCCCCUCACUGUUGAUUAUCAAGAGAAACAGUUUGCACAAAGUUUAAUUCCCACUACCUUCAUGAGAAGGGAAGGUGCUCCAAAAGAAAGGGAGCUUUUAUGUGGCCGUCUUAUUGAUCGACCAAUUCGUCCGCUGUUCCCUACUGGUUUUUAUCAUGAGGUUCAGGUGACGGCAAGUGUUCUUUCGUCCGACGGAAGACAUGAUCCAGAUGUAAUGGCAGCUAAUGCAACAUCUGCUGCACUGAUGUUAUCUGAUAUUCCUUGGGGAGGUCCCAUUGGGAUGAUACGAAUUGGGAGAAUUGAUGGGCACUUCAUUGUUAAUCCCACAAUGGAGGAGCUGAUCUUAAGUGAUCUCAACUUAGUGUAUGCAUGUACCAAGGAUAAAACUUUAAUGAUUGACGUUCAAGCUCGUGAGAUCACAGAGAAAGAUCUUGAAGCUGGAUUGAGAGUGGCUCAUCCUGAGGCAGUGAAGUACCUUGAACCCCAAAUCAGACUAGCGGCAAAAGCUGGAAAACAGAAAAAGGAGUAUUCACUAUCUAUGUUGUCACAAAAGACAUUGGAAAAAGUUGGUGCAUUGGCAGAAGCCAAAAUUGGAGCUGUCUUUACUGAUCCUUCUUAUGGAAAGUUUGAACGUGGAGAAGCCUUAGAGAAUAUCAUGCAAGAUGUAAAACAACAACUUGAAGAGGAAGGUGACGAGGAAAGCAUAAAAAUUCUUCCAAAGGCAAUAGACACAGUGAGAAAACAGGUAGUACGUAAGAGGAUUAUUACUGAAGGAUACAGACUUGACGGGAGACAUCUUGAUGAAGUGAGGCCUAUUUAUUGUGAGGCUGGGCAUCUGCCCAUUUUACAUGGAUCAGCACUUUUUAAUCGGGGGGACACUCAGGUUCUUUGUACUGUAACACUUGGAGCACCCCAAGAUGCUCAACGCUUAGAUGCUAUUGUUGGGCCCUCAACAAAACGUUUCAUGCUGCACUACAGUUUUCCUCCAUUCUGCAUAAAUGAAGUUGGUAAACGGACCGGGCUUAACAGACGUGAGGUUGGCCAUGGAACCCUUGCAGAAAAAGCGCUACUAGCUGUUUUACCUCCAGAAGAUGAGUUCAAAUUCACUGUUCGCAUAAAUUCAGAAGUCAUGGCGUCUGAUGGGUCAACGUCUAUGGCAACUGUUUGCGGAGGCAGUAUGGCUUUGAUGGAUGCUGGUAUUCCGGUACGAGAGCAUGUAGCAGGUGUUUCUGUGGGUCUUGUUAGUGAAGUUGACUCAACUGGGGAAAUUAAAGACUACCGGAUAUUGACUGAUAUUUUGGGCCUGGAAGAUCAUUUGGGGGAUAUGGACUUCAAGAUUGCUGGAACGCGGAGUGGUAUUACUGCAAUUCAAUUGGAUAUCAAGCCAGCAGGAAUCCCAUUGGAUAUUGUUUGCGAGAGUUUGGAAGCUGCACGCAAAGGUCGUCUUCAGAUUCUCGAGCAUAUGGAAAGAGAAAUUAGUACUCCACGUUCUAAGGAUGACAGGAAUGCUCCUCGACUAGCUAGCUUAAGGUAUAGCAAUGAUGCUCUUCGUCGCUUGAUCGGACCUCUUGGUGCAAUUAGGAAAAAGAUUGAGGAGGAAACAGGUGCACGUCUGUCAGUUAGUGAUGAAACACUUACAAUAGUUGCCAAGAAUCAGAAUGUGAUGGACAAAGUGCUCGAAAAGGUCGAUUCCAUCAUUGGCCAGGAGAUUACAGUUGGUGGAAUAUACAAGGGUGUUGUAACUUCAAUAAAAGAAUAUGGUGCCUUUGUGGAGUUUGGUGGUGGCCAGUAUGGUCUGUUGCAUAUUUCUGAAUUGUCACAUAAGCCGGUGACACGAAUUUCAGACAUUUUAUCCAUCGGCCAGGCGAUUUCUGUGAUGUGCAUAGAGCAGGACGUUCGUGGCAACAUUAAAUUAUCCCUUAAGAGAAUGUCACCUCAAUCAGCAUCAAUUGAAGUCAAUGCCAGAACACCAGAGGUCAAUGUCAGUGAUUUUAUUGUUAGCAAGGAGACAACAGCAAAUGCCCAGUCUUCGGCCAGCAGUGUAUCCACUCAGCUAGACGCAAAAUCGGUUUCGGACUUGUUGGCACAGGCUGUAAGCACAUUGGAAAACCCUUCUACUUCACCAGAUUUUCGGAUUCGGAGUGUUGCAGAGUGUGACGAGGAGGAAAAAAGACCCGAGAGCACCUCUAUUCCAUUGUGGCCAUCUAAAUCCAAGCGAAGUAAGGAUUAUGGUUCAUCAUUGUCUACCUCUUCUAGUGUCCUUUCAGAUGUUAAGGAAUCAAAAGGCAAGGGUCCCAUAAGCGCGAAAAAUCUCAAACUUGGAACUACAGUUACUGCAAAAGUUCAUCAAAUUCGUGCGCUCGGCCUGGUCCUUGAUUUAGGAGGUGGAGUUCGUGGAAUGUAUCGCUUUGAGCAGCAGGAUCGUGGGAAGACGGACUACGCAGUUGGUGAUGAAUUGCGAGUUACGUGUACCAGCUUUUCUAGUAAGGGGAUCCCGGUGAUGUCUUUGGAGAAUGAUGAUUAGCAACCCCAUUGUCUCAGUCCCAGUAAAGCUUUAGAUCUCAGAAGACACAGUUCAUUACUUACUACCUGAUUGAAUAACAGACAAGUUUAGGGAUAUAGACCUUUAUUGCUUCUCCCUGACCUACUAAGUUUUGGUUGCUAGGCUCAUCUGUGUACCCUUUUGUAAAUUUGAUGUUAGCAUCAACAUUGUGGGUUAGUAUAGUCUCAAGUGGGACGGGAUUAGUCUCUUCUCUUUCACCUACCCUGUUUACAUAAUCACAAGUUUCCCUUGUUGAGUUCUACAUCUUCCUCGUCCUGGCAGCGGUCUGAUGAACCCAUAGCAGCAUAAGAAAUGGGUAGUCUGAUGGCUCGUAUAUGUAACACCAGUCAUUAUUAUAGGGUUUAGAGUCUUUAGACCCUUGUCUUUUCCGGGUUACUCACCGUACAGAUCAGAUUUUAUGCCAUUUAAUUUAAAUAAGGUUAAAGAUCCAUA